CAGUCUUCGGGGUAUAUGAAGCAGCCUAUUGCCACUAGAAUCAUCGAGUUCCCAUUGAAACUCAUCAUGGCGAAUACGUGCAACAUAUUUGCGGCUUUUGCUGUUGCCUUCCUGGCAUCCUUGUCUCUGAGUUCAGCUUUCGUGAAUCAAGACUUUGAUAUACCUCAAGACUUUCAAAAGAAUUCUGAUCUAGAGCUACAACCGUUUUAUCGACAAAAAAGGGAAGAGAAUGCUUAUCUCGUGAAAAAGCAUGACUCUUUGGAGUUGGAAGAAUUAUCAGAAUCUCAAACCGUCCACGAUAGAAGGGCGACCGCGGAAGAAACAAAGAAGUUUACGGAUGACAGGAAGAAUAAUACUGAAGAAGAUGCUAAGGAUGAUAUACUUUCGUACAAGAGUAUGCACGAUCUCAUCCAAGCAUUCAUUCUCGCGGAUGAGCAAGAUAUUGCUAUGAGACUGCAACAAUUGCGAGAAAUAGAGAAUGCCACGGAAUCUGAGAAACUUAGCAAUUUAUCGAAACGUCAAGCAUCCGCAUCCGCAGCUGCAGCCGCAGCCGCAGCUAGCAAUCUCCUGGGAGCGAAUUUGUGGGAACCUGUUCCUCUGACCGAUCUGGAUGCUCAUUCUUGUGAAGCUGAAGCCGGCGAAUACGGUCACGUGCAUUUGUCAGGUCUGGUCGUGCACGAGUUCUUCUGCGAACUGAGAAAAUUCUGGCACUAUUUCUUGAUUAUUGUACGAAACUUAAGAGAGGGACUUACCUUGGGACCACUGAUCGCCGAGGGAGUCAUCGAAGGCGGUCACGGCAUUUUGAACCUCUUGUUCCAUCAUACCCCGCGAUUUCUCCACACCGUCAUCAGAGAGCCCCAUCACCUGCUGAUUUUGCCCGACAUAAUCCGAGACGCCAUACCGUUCCAUAGCGUUAUACACGCUAUUCACCGACUCGUACAUGUCGCCCUCAAGGUGGUGCACUUUGUGCGCGAACUGCUCUGGGUACAUAUUAGGCACUUUAUCGGACACUUCUUCCACUUACAUCAUAUUGGUUUGCAUCUAAGGGAGAGACUGCACGACUAUGGACUAGCAAAAUUGCAUCACUUGUAUGGAUACGGUUCGAUGGGUCCGUGUGAAGAGGAGAUUGUCGGUGGACCGGUUGUAUCCACGGCGACAUCCGCAGCGGCAGCGGCGUCGGCGACAGCAACAGUCGCUGACAAUGGCGCGAUGUUUGCCCCAGACUAUCACAACUCGCUAGCGGAAGUGUUAUCUUCUUUCCGUGGCAUCUAUGAUGGCUACCACGCAUCUGGAAUACCUCAUCUAGUCAGAACUGGCUUGCAGAGCAUCUCCACAUCCUCGGUGUACACUAAAAUAACUUCGUAUUUGUCCAAUGUGCCAUCAUAUUUGACUAAUGUAGGUUCGUAUCUGUCCAACAAACCAAAUCUGAAUUUCGGUAGCGGUUCUACGCUGCUUGAACAAGGUCCAAUAGUAGGCCCGGCAAUCGCCCCUGUUGAAACCGUGAGUUCUUCGGCAUCCGCCAGCGCUACCGUUACUGAAACACAACCAAUGUUUUCCGCCGCACCCCUGAUUUCCGCGGUACCAAACAUAGUCUCUUCGGUGCCGUUUGUUCCCUCUUCCGGUGCUGCAAGCGCAGCGGCCACAGCGGCAGCGGCAUCGGCAGCGGCGGCGGCAUCAGCAGCAUCAGCAUCACCGGUGGUAUCCAGCUACCGAAUCGCCCCGCGAGUUUACGCUCCAGUUGAGGUCGAGGAAUCCGCUGUGCCUUGCGCACCUGUCAUCGAACCCGCCCUAUCAUCAGGAGUCAUUUCGGAAACCAUUGAAAACACGGUAUCCGAGAGUAGUUCCUCGAGCGUAUCUGUGGCUUCGCCAGAAGUCGCUGUAUCAGGUAUCCCACUGGAAAAUACUGCAGCGGCUGCUUCCGCUUCCGCGUCCGCCUCUUCAGCUUCGGACGUCAGCCCAGUGAUCAGUGCUGCUCCAGGGCCGUUCAGCCUGCCUUACUCGCUAAACAGAUACAAUUCCAGGCCCAUCUUGUCCGCUGUCAAACCCGCAAGCACCGCGUCCGCCUCCAGCAGCGCGUCGGUCUCUUCGGGCGGCAACUUGAUCGAGCCGGGUCAAUAUAGAGGACUCGACUUGAAUCUCGGCGGCAGAAUUCCGCUCAGAUCCCGAAUUCUCCCUACAGCUCUUCAUUCUGUAGCCCCUUCGUCGGCUGCCGCCGCAGCAUCAUCGGUUUCCGGAGGUGCCGCCGCUGCUAGCUCGGCCAGCUCUGUCUCGGGCGGCCUCAAUUUUGUCUUGCCCAGGCAGCAUAUCAUCGGCGCACUAGGUCAUGACUAUCUGACACCGGGCGAUCUUAUAUCGAUUGCCCUGAGGAAUAAGGCGAUCCUGGUAGGCCGCGUACUGGACGGUGAUAGUCCGAUCAAUUUCAGCUUCCUCAGACCGAGUUUGCGCGCUUCCCUUCUCCGUCAUGGUGGACGUGUCUGGAAUCUCUCACCCCGGGACUUCCGAGAUCCCGAAUGCGUCCGUAGACUUAAUAGUCCUUUUCUGUUGCGUCAUGCCCUUUAGAUUUUAUACAUUAUAUAUUUCAUAACUAGUCCUAAAUCAUUAUCAACUAUCGACAUGUAUAUACCAAAUAAUUGUAAUCGAUCGAUUCCGAAUAAAGAUGUAUUCUGAAA